CUAACCGUUAAUGUGCAACUGACGACGGGUGCGCGGGCAGCCGGACUUUAUGCACUGCGCAUGCUCUUCAGCCGGGCCAGGCUGCAGCUGCUGGGAGGAAAGUGUCGACUCUCUUAGGCGGUCAAAGCCACCGAAGAUUCUGGUGUCACCAUGGGCCGCCGCCCUGCCCGGUGUUAUCGGUAUUGUAAGAACAAGCCGUACCCAAAGUCACGCUUCUGCCGAGGUGUCCCAGAUGCCAAGAUCCGCAUCUUUGACCUGGGGCGUAAGAAGGCAAAAGUGGAUGAAUUCCCACUCUGUGGCCACAUGGUGUCAGAUGAGUAUGAGCAGCUCUCGUCGGAGGCCCUGGAGGCUGCCCGUAUUUGUGCAAACAAGUACAUGGUGAAAAGUUGUGGCAAAGAUGGCUUUCAUAUCCGAGUGCGGCUCCACCCUUUCCAUGUCAUCCGCAUCAACAAAAUGUUGUCCUGUGCUGGGGCUGACAGACUCCAGACAGGUAUGAGGGGUGCCUUUGGAAAACCCCAGGGCACAGUGGCCAGGGUCCACAUUGGCCAGGUUAUUAUGUCCAUCCGUACCAAGCUGCAGAACAAGGAGCAUGUGAUUGAGGCCCUACGCAGGGCCAAGUUCAAGUUCCCUGGCCGCCAGAAGAUCCACAUCUCUAAGAAGUGGGGCUUUACCAAGUUUAAUGCUGAUGAAUUUGAAGAUAUGGUGGCUAAGAAGCGCCUCAUUCCUGAUGGCUGUGGUGUCAAAUACAUCCCCAAUCGUGGUCCCCUAGACAAGUGGCGAGCCUUGCACUCAUGAGGGCUCGCAGUGUGCUGCCCCUUCCUUAAUCACGCUCAUCAAUAAACCUUACUUCUAUACAAAAA